AUGAAGCGCCACGGCGCGGCUGGCGAUGUGGAGACGGGGCAGGGCCGCAACAUCUCCAUGCCCAACAUCCAGCCCUACCAGGCGAGUGGAAGAAGCUCCUCCAGCGGCAGCUCCAAGCCGGCCAAGGGGUGGCAAAAUGCAGCACAGGCUGCAGUGGCCAUCUGGCUGCUUGGCUGGUUUCUGGGCUUUGGGAUGUUGUGGCCGCUGUACCUGGCCCUGCAGCUACUCUCCAUGCUCCUUUCGUAUACUCCUUUUGGCGGCUUUCUUGACUAUUUCACGAAGACCGGACCCGUGCCGGACAUUCUGCCACCGGCCAACGAAAUGAAGAUCCCCAACAGCCAGGUGGGCCGCUAUAUGGAGAGCUACGUGCAGAGCUACGGGGAUGCCGCGCUCAUUUUUGCGGCCCACGACGGUUAUCCGCAGCUCGUCACUGGCUUGUUGCUGAACAAGGACAUGGGGUUUGCAGAUCUCAUCGAUGCAGCAGAUGAGUCAGGCCACACGGCGCUGCUCUACGCAGCAGGGCGAGGUUUUUCGCAGGUUGCUGCUGUGUUGCUGCAGAGCGGCGCUGAUCCAGAUGCUCCAAAGCAGGGCAAGGACGGCCGCGGGCUCACUCCGCUCAUGGAAGCCGCUGGCACUGGGCACCGGGAUAUCGUCACGUUGCUUCUGAAGGCGAAUGCCACGGUUGAUCAGCCGGACGAGCAGGGCAAUACCGCCCUCAUGUAUGCGGCUGGCAACGGCAAUCUCGGCGCCCUUCAGGAGCUGCUUCAGAAGGGAGCCAUGCGAGAUGUACAAAACAGGCGGGGCGACUCAGCCCUCAGCAUGGCCACCUCCAACAGCCACCAGGCCAUAGUGGAUGCUCUCCAGCGAGGCGCCAGGCCCGUGGUGGAGAAGCGUGCGAGAAACGCGCAGAACAACGUGCACCUGCCGGACAUGAGCCGCAAGCCGAAGGAAGUCAGGCAACCCAAAGCUGUGGAGGAGAAGGAAGAGAAGCCUGACAAGCUGGAAAAGCCGAAGGCGUCUGCCAAGGAGCGAGCUUCCUCCUGGUUCUCCAAGGAUGCAGAGGCAGAGGUGCCGGCUGCAGCAUCCUCUGGCAGCGACAACAAGCGCGUCAGGGAUCUCCUCUUGGAGAAGCAGCUGGAGGAGCUGAAGCGCAGCCACGAGGCCGCGGAUCUGAAAACCUCGCGCCGCAUCGUGGAGCUCCUCGAGUCCAGCUCCCAAAAGCAGAAGCUGGUGGACCAGGCUGAGCAGGAGAGGGCUGAGUUUGAGAAGAAGUUGGAAGAGGUGAAGAAGCUACUUCGAGAAAAGGAAACGCAGAGUGAGGAGGAGGACGAGCGCAGCUCGCGCCUCUCCAGGGAGGCCCAUGAGGCCCGCAUGGAGGCGGAAAAAGCGCGGACACGUGCAGAAGCUGCAGAGAGGGAGCGUGACCGUUCUGCGGAUGAGCUGAAGCGAGUGGAGGCCUCAGCGAAGCAGAAGCAGAAGGACCGGGAAGACCAAGAUCAACAGGUGGAGCGGCUGAAAGCUCGUGUCAAGACCCUGCGUGAAGAGGCCGACCAUGCCGAGGAAGAGCGCCGGUCCUUGCAGACGAAGCUGGAUGCUCUUCGGACAGACCACGGAGGCAGUGAGUCUCCACCUGCCCAGCCUGAACCCAGCGUGGCGCCUCCAAAAGAGGCUUCACCACCGGCUGAGCUGGAGAAGACGGCAGCUCCAGGCACAGAGCAAAGUUCAACGAACGCUCCGGGUGCUGAGAGCGCAGUGGAAGUGUAG